AUGUCUUACGGCAGGCAGCUGGCCUACGCGCCGACGCCUUACAUCCCGCGCUCCAAUCUCUCUGCGACCAUCAACCUCGAUGAGGAAGUCAAACUCGCUACGACCAACGCAGAGCGAGACCUAAAUGACUCGUUGGCUGAAAUAUACAGUAUCAUCAUCACCCUCGAUGCGAUAGAGAAGGCCUAUCUGAAGGACUCUAUCGCCGAAGCCGACUACACCGAGACAUGCAACCGGCUCAUGAAGCAGUACAAGUCCAAUCUUGCCAAUGAGACAGUCGCGCAAGCAUUUGGUAACCUGGACCAGUUUGCGAAGGAGUGGCAGAUGGAAUGUCCCCGGGCCAUCGAGCGAUUGCGUGUGGGCAUACCAGCCACCAUCGAACAAGGGCCAUCGAGGCCGGCCCAGCAAGGCGACUUUGCUGAUGCGACGCUCGUCGUCAAUGCAACCGAGACCUUCAUCACUCUGCUCGACGCCAUCAAGAUUGGGCUGGUGGAGAAGGACACAUUACACCCUCUGCUUGUUGAGAUUAUUCAGGCUGUCAACAAGGUCACAGAUGUCGAUUUCGAGAGCAAAGGCAAGAUUGUGCAGUGGCUGAUUACUCUGAAUCAAAUGCGGGCGGCUGAGAAACUGAGCGAUGAGCAGGCGCGCGAGUUCCAGUUCGACAUGGACUCGGCGUACUAUGGCUUCAAAACGACGCUGAAGAAGGCUUGA